AUGUUUGAAAAGACACAAAAAAGUGCCAAUCCAUCAAUUUUAACUGCUGACCCUGUGAUUCAAGCCAAAUCAAAAGCAGAGAACAUCACUUCCACUCAAGCAUCUGGGGAACCAGAAGCAACAUUUGAGUUGCCUGAUGUACUUUCAGACCUAAAAGGAGGGAUUUUUGCGAAAGGGUUACUGCAACUCCUGGAAGAACACAGACCUACACCAAACACAACUGGUGGAUGCUAUGUUAUGCUAAGGCAAUAUUUCUUUUUCCUCUUUGUUGUUGUGUUUCACGAGAGCAGACCCCCUCUCUGUGAACUUUAUAUCUGAUGGAAGUUUUUCUAUUAUAGUUUGUGGGUAGCCUCUGUCAGUCAAGCGUUUUUUGAAAUUUGAAAUAUUUUCCUCAAACGCAGUUUUUGAGGAGUUUGUUCGAAGGAUUCUCAAGGCUUCUCCUUUGAAGUAACGAAAGUAACGCCUGUCUGUUAUUUGAAACCGAUCUGCGUUGGUUGCUGUGGAGAUUAGACCCCCAGCCGGCGCGCAUUAAAAUCGGGCCUCUGGCUUAUGAUGUGGUGGCGGUUGUGUUGGUGGUGGGAAAACAGUAGAAAUGUGGUGGAGGUGGUGGUGGAAGAGGAACACAAUAAACAACGUGGUGGUGGUGGUGGAGGAAAACAAUAGAAAUGUGGUGGUGGAAAAAAAAGACGAGGGUAGGGUCAGUGUCCACGUUGAGUCGAUGUGAGGUCGAUGUACGGUAGAUGGGAUCGUGGAUGGAGAUUAAUUGCGGAGAAGUAGGAAGGGUUUGUGGUAAGUAAAACAUUGUCUUUCGUGCUAAAAAGAGCUAGUUUGCCUUUGCCCGCCGCCCGGUUAGCUCUGUUGGAUAAGCGCCGGUCUGCCGAGCGGGAGGCCGCUGGUUGAAGUCCCGGCCGGACCAACACUCAGGGUCUUUAAAUAACUGAGGACAAAGUGCUGCCUUUGUAAAGACAUCUGCAAACGGUUAGACUUUCUAGUCUUCUUGGAUAAGGACGAAAAACCGUAGGCCCCAUCUCACAACCCUUGCAUAUAUAAAUUCUGUGGGACGUUAAAGAACCCACACGCUGUUCGUAAAGAGAAGGGGUCGUAGUCUCGGUGUAGUGGUCUAUCUCUAUCUUUGAUGUUAUGACGAAGGAAAAUUAGAGAGGGUAAAAAUAGUAACCCAUAGGGUAGGUGUUAGGCACUCCCCGCCCCCUACCCCGCUCCUUUUGAGUAGCCAUUUUCUCCUCUCUUUUCGAAUUUCAGCAUGGCGCUUUUGCAAGCAAAACAUUCGCGCGCCCGAAGAAAACGUCUGCACUGCAGGCUAUGUAAAUCAUUAUCAUGUUCUUUCAUUUAUUUAUUGCCAUGGAAUGCGUUUACAUUGUUUUUCUACUGUUAAUAGCUAGGUUAAUUUCGAUUUAGAAAAGAUAGCUAUCAUCGACUCUGGUUUUUGCAGAAAAAUGUUCAGCGUAGAUUCAUUUUCUUCUUUCAGUAGGAAGAAAAGUUUUGGUAUGUUGUUAUUGGCAAUGGCUUCAGAAAUUGUUAUUUACAAUUAAAUUUAAUUUGCAAAACAUUUCCUUUGAGCGCUUUUCGCCAUUUUGUGUUGCCAAUGCCGGGAAAUCGUGGGUUGAAAUGUCUGUUAUUCGGAGACAUGACUGCGCCUUCUUGAUUAGGAGCAAGACACGGAUUAAUUGGUGACGAUAAAAAGUCGUGCCUGCGGCGGCCUCUGCUGCUGCUGCCACCACCAUCGUUCACAUCAAUAUACUCAUCAACUGCGCAUUCGACUAUUCGUGCAAAACCUCCAAUACCUCCUCGCGGGAGUUUGUGCCAUUCUGUUCCUCCUCCACUGACACGAAAUUUAAGAUCUGCUAGUGUCGCUUUGGCAAGAUUUUCUGCUGCCGCCUUGUUGCAAACCUUCCACUUGCUUGCAAAUUCCAAUCUGAAAGGAUUCCCAGCAACAAGAUCUCGUCUUCGCCGAAGGGGAUCGUUUUAAUAACCCACCUUAACGAGUGGUGGUGGGAAGAUCCCCGCGUCACUCCCCACCCUUUUAAUGAUAUAUACAUUAACCAGGAUCAGUUGGCUGUGACCUAAGAGGCGGGCACUUAGAGCCAGUUCCCUCGGAUUCUGGACAACGUGGAUUACUCCUUCUUCCUUUCUUGCGGUCGGGCGAACCGUUGUUGUCGCCACCGUUCUUGUUUUGCCGCCGUUGUGUCCGUGUUUUUGUCCGGUUCGUCUUCCGGAGCGCUUACUAUAUGUUCUGCGAUUGAGAACUGUUCUUUUGUUAGCUUCUUCUUCGGCGGAUUCUAUAGAACCCUUCCGCGGCAUCCACACCAGCUUUGUUAGAAAAGAAAAGAAAAACUGUAAAAUCCUGAUUUUUUGGACCCCUUGCAUAUGGAAAAUAAAUAAAUAGGUUCGAAAGAUCGAAACACCGGAAUCUGAAAAAAAAAAACAACAACAACUGGUGAAUGGCUGUAAAAGGGAAAUCACUUUUCAUUUUGUGGCUUAAUAUUUGGGGGCUGUUACGCUGGUAAAUUGGCUUUUUGAAAAUUGAUUUUAUGUGGUACUUUUGUUUUUUUUAGCUUAAAUUGUUGCUUGCUCUUUAAAGUAAAUUGUUGCUGCGGUUGUUUUGCUGAACUUGUCAUCGUGUGGUGUUGCUCCUGCAGGCAUUUGUUUGAAUAUUGUUUGAUAAAUCCUUGAAAACAAAAAAAGAAAAACCAAGUGGGUGUUGUAAUUAUUGAUAAAUAUUGUUAAAUUUUGUGUAUGAGAUCAUUAAGUUAUUUACAUAGUAAUUGAACACAACUGAGAUGGGUGAAGUAUAUAAAUUCACAACUAUUAAUUUACAAUUUAAGUAUUCCAUAAUGAAUUAGGUGAAAAGGGAAAUAAUUAUAGUGUUUGCAAUUAAAUAGUUAGAUAUAAUAGUAAUUAAAAGGAAAGUGGCUUAAUAUUUAUCUAAUAAUCUUUUAGUAUUAAUAAUAAUUAUAUUAUUUAAGGAGAAAGCAAAAAAAAAAGCUACAUUAACAUGAAUAAAAGAAUGGCAUUUAUAUUGGUAACAACUGUUUUGUUGUAUGAUUUAGUGUUUCAUACUACUUGUUUUUUCCCUGAGCAAUGCUAUCCCGUUUGCAUGGUGCAUCUGGUGGCAUCUGUUCUAUACAGUCAUGUAAUAAUGGCAGCUUUUGCAAAAGCUUUUUCCAGCUAUUUCAAGGAUGCCUUAUUGUCUUUAUAUCCCAUCAAACUCUUUCCAAAUUGAAAUUAAAAUGGAAAAGUGUUAUGGAGUAAGGCAAGAGUUAAACAGGCAAAUUGAUUCCAAUUUAUGUGUGCUUCAAUGGGUACUGUUACUGGUGUUUUGCUUGUGUUUGCAGCACCUAAAAAUGUCAUCUCGCUUUUCUAUCCAGUUUCUUUUAUUCAACCUUCACUUUCGUUUCUGGGAUGCUUUCAAUCCUUAUCUUCAUGAAAUGGGAAAAAAUGUACAACACUUGUUCAAAGAAAAUUGUCAAGUACAGCCAUACAUUAAAUUCUUUGUUGGAGAUGUUUUUUUUCCCUUCUGUUGUCAUUAUAAGAUUAGUUUUACAUUUCCUUGAACCUCUUUAUAAGAGUUGCUUGCAGAUCAAAUCUAAAUGCAGAUUUUCUUUUGUGCAUUAAUUAUUUUUGGAGUCUAGCAUCCAAGAUUUUUCUCUUUUUGGUUGUGGUUACAUGCCUUUUACUGUAUUACAGCAUCUUGUUGAACCUUUCUCCAACUCGAACUCUGGCAGUGGGCCAUUCAGUUCCCUUUUACUUAGCAGCCACUGUCCUCAUUCUGACUCUACCCUGUGAAUUUCUUGCAGUUUCUUAUUUGGUAAUCUCAACAACAGUUGGCAAGAGCUUUGAUGCUAACUCUGUCUAUCCCACAGAUCUUCUCCUGUUGUUGCCUUCUUUGAAUAUUAUCUUUGGCAUGUUAUUAAUUGGUAAUCCUUGUAUAAAACUGGUUGAAUAUCAUCACCCUGGCUUUUGCUUUGGUAUGGUGUUCAGGUCAAAAAGGUUUGUUACAUCUAUUUUAGUUAUUGAUGUAACAGGGAAAUCACACUCUUUUACCUCUGCUCCACAUGGAAUGGUCUUUGACUUGAAAUCACACAUUAAUUUAAAAUUCAACAUAACAAGUGAUUUAUACUGGCUUUCAAAUAAAGGUAAACCUUUACAACAUGACUUUGUGCCUUUACAGGAAAUAUCAAUUCGGGCUGUUUUAAUGAAUGGGCGUUUAACUGGAGGUGCAAAAUGUUGCAUUAAGGGGUGCGAAAAUGAUGUUAGCAUUCGAAAAUGUGACAGCUUAGGGAGCAUUCAUUUUUUAGAAGGGCGGGUGGGCAGGACGAAUUCAGGGGAGGGUCAUUAACUUUUUGCCUGCCCAAAAAGGGAGGGUCAGCAUAAAUUUGACACAACAAAGAGGGGGGGUCCCUUAAUCUUUUUUUAAUAUUAUACAAGUUUAUACAAACUGAUCUUUGAACCCUUAACGUUACAAAGCUAAUUUGAGACUCAAAUGAACUUUGUGCCACUGAAAUGUAUAAAAGCCCCAGUCGCACCAACUGAAUUGAUUAUUAGAUGACAACAACAACAACAGCAACAAUUUUUAAUAUCUGAAAGAAACUGUUAAAGAGAAGUUUGGUUAACACAGACUGGUUGUUAAAAUAAUGUCACAGUUCCAUGUCUGUCACUGAUCAGAGUGAGAGUCACUUAGGCUCUCACUAUCAGAUAAGGCCAAGGAUGGUGGUAAGGAAUCAGAAAUGUAGGCCUUAGCAGCUUCUGAGAAUCGGUUGUCUGACUUGAGUGUCUCAUGCAAAACCUUUGCCUCCCUUCUUGAUAAACUUACUAAUGCUGCAAUGAAAAUGUCUUCCACCCCAAUAGUUAUAUCAACGUUGUCAUGGUUGACCCUUGGUAAAACCUUUUGCAGAACUCUUGUUUUUGCAUUCUCCAUCCUGGCUAACUUUCGUUUGAUACCUUUCCUUUUGUUUUGCUUCCUCUUUCGAGCUUUGGAGGUAGAUGGCUUGAAGACCAAGCCCUUGAAUGUGCUCUGUAACUCCUUUAGCUUUUUAUCAACCUGAGCCAUAAAUGCUGAAGCGUUUUGAGCUAGCUCAUUAAGCUUGUUCACUGUAGCAGAAUUAAAGUCAUGGUGAAUAGAUUUCCCAGGAGAAAGGCACCUACCACUCUUAUCAAAAAGGCCUUGAUCCAUGGCUACCACUUCGUUUUUGAGCUUCUUUACUUCAGUUUUCAAGCUAGUGAGCUGAUCCAAAUGUUUAGACAAAACAGCUACAUCACUGGCUCUUGGAAUAUAUGAAGUGGUAAAAUACUUUCCACAUGCAGCUGGAUUGUCUCCUUUUUUGAAAUCCAGUUUCUGUUGCAGUGUCCCCACCUUUAUGUUGGUUUCGUAUUGUUGGCUUCUCUCUGUCAUGAACUGGUUUCUGAAAUAGUUAUCUGAAUUGCAAUAAGGCCAGACUGCCUUAUAAAACUUGGGUAGAAGUUCCAUAUAUGCUAUUGAUCUUUCACCUUUUGGAGAGGGAAUAUAGCCUUUUGAUUUCUUUUUCCAUGGUUCUCCAAGGACUUUGUCGAUCCAAGAUAAAAAAACUUUGGCUAGCUUUGGGUUUAUCCCCGACUGCAGUGUUAUUACUUUUCCCCUGCUUUUCCUUUGACUUUCGAACUGCUAAUGCAACUUUCUUCCUCUGCCCAAGUAGGGGAAUCUCUGUUGAAAAUUCUACUGAGAGCACAUCGAUUGAGGAUAGAUGGUGAGCCUGCACCAAACGGUUUUCUUGGUGCAAUUGUUUCAGAAAAGCCUGGUGAAGAAUUUUUUUACAAUAAGGAAUAUCUAUCUAAGUAUAACAACACUUCAAAGUCAAAGCGACAUGUAAUACCUGGACAUGCCUAUUUUAAUAGAGUUGAAUCCUUUUUUGAGUCACAUUACGAAAGGGGAGAGCUCUAUUUUGAAUUUCUAAAAGGAGAUUGUUCAAGAAAGGGAGAACUGUGUGAGACAUGUAGGGAAAAUGGGUUAUUAUAAUAUUUUUCAAUACUGCUAGAGCACAGAACUGGGUGACAGAUAAUCCUUUUAAUGACCAAAAACCAAUCUGGUGGCUGUCGGAUUACCCCCACAUGAUUAAAAAAUUGAGGAACUUCAUUGUCAAUCCAGAUGGGCAAUUAGAAAAAUAUGGUAAGAAAAUAACAGGUGAUCAUUUAAUACCAGUAGUAAAACGCCAGCUUACUAAGCUAAACUGGAAACAUUUGAAGUUAACAGCUAGAACUAAAAUUAGUGUUAAAAGGGCUGUUACCUUUGCUCCAAUUAAGUAUCAUUAGACAUCCUCAAGGGACCUUUACCUCCUGAAGAAACAGUUGCAACACGCACAUACAUAAAGCAGAGUGCAACAAACUGUUUACAAUAUUUAACAACUAAUGAGAGGUUGAUCCAAAGUGUUAUAAAGAACUGUUAAAAAUAAUGCUCUGGUUUGAUGAAUGGUAUAAAGAGACCAGACAAGAAAGUACAAGGGCAACCAAUGGUCUAAAAAAAUCACUGGAAAAAUUUAUACCAAGGAUCACAUUUGAUGACCUAAAGAGAAGCAUCAGAGCUUUUCUGGGGGUAGCUCAAUAUGUUCAAAUGCAUCAUCCAGAAUUACUCCUCAUUCCAAAGACCAUGUGUCAGGAUGAUGUUGAAAAUUAUUUCUCUUUACAGCGAGCAGGGUAUCCGGAGGAAAACCAACAACGUUACAGUUGUUUGAGUCAUCAGCUUCUCUGGAAACUGAACUUCUUCUAUCUGCUGAAAUGACAGAUACACAAGGAACAUGCGGUUCAUAUGAUAUGACAGCCCUUCCUAAUCUGGUUUCUAUUCCCCUGAUUAAACCAAAACAAACAGCCCCUGACAAUUUGAACUAUUUUAGUGAAAAAGAGGGAUGGGAAUUAGGCUAUGAUGAC